AUUAAACCCAUAUGAGGCAGUUGUGUUUGUGUGCACUAGGAGAGAGCAGCCUGCACAUCUCCAAACACCUCUAAGAGAGAAGUCACCAUGAGCACAGCCAGGAAAGUUAUAAAGUGCAAGGCAGCUGUAGCCUGGGAAGCUGGCAAGCCUUUUUCUAUAGAGGAAAUUGAAGUUGCUCCUCCUAGGGAUCAUGAAGUCCGUGUAAAGAUUGUUGCCACAGGAGUCUGCCGAACUGAUGCACAUGCUGUGAGCACUCAUUUCAAAGAAGGGCUGUUCCCAGUGAUUCUUGGCCAUGAAGGUGCUGGUAUUGUGGAAAGUGUUGGCCCAGGUGUCACCAGAGUGAAACCAGGCGAUAAAGUUAUUCCUCUUUAUAUUCCACAAUGCGGUGAAUGCAAGUUCUGUCUGAAUCCCAAAACCAACUUGUGUGAAAAGAUAAGUAAAAUUAAGACUGCCAUUUCGGAUCAAGACCUGAUGGCAGACAACACAAGCAGGUUUACCUGCAAGGGGAAGCAGAUAUAUCAUUUUAUGGGCACCAGCACCUUUUCAGAAUACACUGUGUGUGCUGAAACCUCAGUUGCUAAAAUUGAUGAUGCGGCUCCUCUGGAGAAAGUCUGCCUGAUCGGUUGUGGUUUCUCCACUGGUUAUGGUGCUGCCAUCAACACUGCUAAGGUUGAGCCUGGCUCCUCCUGUGCAGUUUUUGGCUUAGGAGGUGUUGGGCUCUCAGCUGUCAUGGGAUGUAAAGCUGCAGGUGCAAGUCGAAUUAUUGGCAUUGACAUCAACAGUGAUAAAUUCGAGAAAGCUCUAGAGCUGGGAGCCACCGAAUGCAUCAACCCUAAAGAUUAUGACAAGCCAAUUCAACAGGUCAUAUCGGAAAUGACUGGUGGUGGCGUUGAUUUCUCCAUUGAAUGCAUUGGAAUUAUUGAUGUGAUGAAAGCUGCACUGGAGUGUACCACAGUGGGCUGGGGAACAUGUGCAAUAGUGGGAGUCUCAUUGGAUGAACAUGGAUUGCCUGUUGCUCCUUUCCAUUUGCUUAUGGGAAGAACUUUAAAGGCAACUUUCUUUGGAGGCUGGAAAAGUGUGGACAAUGUUCCAAAGCUGGUGGAAGAUUAUUUGGGGAAUAAAUUUGAUCUGGAUUCUUUAGUAACAUUUACUCUGCCAUUUUAUAAAAUAAAUGAAGCUUUUGAUUUAAUGCGUGAUGGGAAAAGCAUCCGAACAGUAUUGGUAUUCUAAAUCGUGGUUCUGAACUUAUUCAAGGCAAAAAGUCCUGUCAAUUUAAUUGGAAUUUUUCGAAAAUAUACUAGUAGAUGUGUUCUAAAAUAUCAUGUAUGUUCAUUUAUUUGUGUUUUUUUAAGUAUUUUGAACUGGCUUUACAGAAAUAGGCAAAUGUAUAAGUGUGUAUCUGAUGUAAACUUAGAUGUAACAACCUGAUAUAAAACUGUGUGUAUCUAAAAUAAAUCUGUGAACUGUUUUGCAAAAUAAGUCCCUGUACAUAAUGAUUUAUCUGCACCAUUCAACCAUAUAUAAUAAAUAGUGCAUGAGAAUA